CGGGGGCCAGCGCGCCUUGUAGGGCAGCGGCGGGCGCGGGCGAUUUGCAUAGAUUAGCAUGCGGGCCCCGCCCCGCCGGGCGCGGGCAUGGAGCGGGCGCGGGCCGCGGCCGGGGGCGCCGGGGGGGUCGGGGGGGCCGCGGCGCCCCCCCCGCGGCACCGCCUGGUCGUGGUGGGCGGCGGCGGCGUCGGCAAGAGCGCGCUGACCAUCCAGUUCAUCCAGUCGUACUUCGUCUCCGACUACGACCCGACCAUCGAGGACUCGUACACGAAGCUCUGCGCCGUGGACGGGGCCCCCGCGCGCCUCGACAUCCUGGACACGGCGGGGCAGGAGGAGUUCGGGGCCAUGCGGGAGCAGUACCUGCGCGCCGGCGACGGCUUCCUGCUCGUCUUCGCCGUCAACGACCGCGGCAGCUUGGGGGCACUGGCGCGGCUGCACGCGCAGCUGCUGCGGGUGAAGGACCGCGACGACGUCCCGGCCGUGCUGGUGGGCAACAAGGCCGACCUCCGCCCCCAGCGGCAGGUGUCGCGGGAGGAGGCGCUGGCCUUCGCCCGGGAGCGGCGGCUGCCCUACGUGGAGGCCUCGGCCAAGACCCGCCUCAACGUGGACGAGGCCUUCCACCAGCUCGUGCGCGCCGUCAGGCGCUUCCAGGAGCUGGAGACCCCCCCGGCACUGGCGGCCCCCCCCGGGGGCAAGGAGCCCCCCGGCUGCCCCUGCGCCCUCCUCUAACGCCCCCCCCCCCAAAAGGAGGGGGUGCGGAUGUGGGGAGCCCCCCCGAGUGCCCCCCAAGUUGGGGGGGGGCUUCCUCACAGGGACCCCCCUCCCUGCAGACCUUGGUUUCGGGGGGGGCUCGGAUGCUUCUCCAUGAUGACCCCCCCCAAAUCCUCUUUUUAGGGCCCCCCCCCACUUUUGGGGGUCCCCAGGAUCCUCUCCCUCGGGGGGGGGGCGCUUUAGGCUCCCUUGGCCUCCUGAGACCCCCCUUUUGGGGGGGUCCCGGCCCCCCCAGCCCCCCACUUUGGGUCCCCCCCCCCAGCUCCCCAUUUCGGGGGGGCCCAAGACCCCCUUUCACAGUGCCUCCACCACCAAAUCCCCACUUUGGGCCCCCCCCCCACACCCAAAAAGGACCCAGAUGUCCGGGGGGGGGCCCACAGCUUCACUCACAUUCCCCCCCCCCCCAGUGCCAUGGGGGGGCCCCACACAUCCGUGUGCGACUGCGGCUGCCAUGAGUUUGGGGGGGGCCUCAGCCCCCCCCCCAAGUGCUGUAAAUACCAAAGACCCCCCCCCUUGGGGGGGGAGAGACACAUUAAAGUGCCUUAAAGCUGG